AAAAAGUUUAUCUUAUAACAAUUACAAUAUCCCAAAAAUAUUUUCAAAAAAAAAUCAUAUACCGAGUCUUCCUACUAAUUAUUCUCCAUAGUAUAUGAAAAUUAUUCAAAUGAUAUCCAGACAAGUAGCUGAGUCAACCCAUUACGACAGGGAGAAAACCGGAACUAUAAAAAAAGUCAUUCUCUUUGCUUCACCUCUACCAUUCCAUUACCCAAACUCCCAACCAAUGACAACUCAGAGAACACAACCUCCCUGAUAAUUACCAUUUUACCCUUAUAAGCCUUCCACGAUUCGACCCGCCGCAAACGAACGGCGGAGGAAGAGAGACACACACCAUGGAGUCAUCGCCAAUCAACCGUCUCCCAACGGACUCGCUCCACCAGAUCUUCUCAUCCCUCCCCCUCCGCCAAAUCAUCAUCUGCAGAUCCGUCUGUAAGUUCUUCAACCACCUCUUGACCUCGCAGCCCUUCACCGAGAUCAUCUCCGCGCGUCCUCCUCUCAACCUCCUCGCUCUCCGCCCCCCGCACCACCACAGACACCGCCACGCGGCGAACCCGCAACCCUGCAUCAACGUGUACGAUCCAGACGAGAAUCGAUGGCUCAGAUUCAACCUCGACUUCCUCCCUUUCCGCUCGCCUCAGCCCGUGGCUUCCUCCAACGGGUUGAUCUACCUCUGGGGCGACUCGGUUAACUCGGUUGACUCGAGCAAGUCCCUCGUGGCCUGUAACCCCCUGACUCGCCAGUUCAAGGUGUUGCCUCAGCUCGGCUCGGCCUGGUCGCGUCACGGGACUGUUCUCGUCGACUCGGUUAACAGAGUCAUGGUCCUAACCGAGCUAGCCGCUCUGUAUUACUCAGGCGCGGUGGUUGCUAACCAGUGGCUCAAAUUCUCAUCGAACUUGCCGUCGAAGCCGAGGAGCCCCGUGUUGAUGUCGACCUCCGUGUUCGCGUUAUGCGACGUCGGAUCGCCGUGGAGAAGCCAGUGGAAGCUCUUCUCGUGUAGGCUCACGAGCCUCGCGGUGACUCACACGAACUGGACUUGCUUGGAGAAGCACGAGUGGGGAGAUAUCUUUGAUAUCAUAAAACGACCGCGUUUGCUGCGCGGGGAAGGCGAGUCUAAGCUGCUUAUGAUCGGGGGGUUGAAGUCGACGUUCUCGUUGAACCCGGCGUGUUCGACUAUUCUGAUACUUAGGCUUUGUUUAGAGAGCUUGGAGUGGGAGGAAGCGGGGAGGAUGCCGCUUGAGAUGUACAGAGGGUUUCAAGAAUCGAGUAAGUUUAAGGUUUUUGGGGGUGGUGAUAGGGUUUACUUCUCUGCUAAGAGGAUGGGGAAGCUUGCGAUGUGGGAUUGUUGGGAAGGGUGGAGAUGGGUUGAUGGUGUUUCUGGUUAUGGUGAUGGGUUGUGUCGUGGGUUUGUGUUCGAAGCUAAGCUUACAUUGAUGCAAUGAAUGGUUGUUUGUUUGUUUGUUUGUGCUUUUUUGUGUUAUUGUUGGUGUUCUUAAGCUGUUGUAUGUCUUGUCAUGGUGCUUUCUGUUGUUCUUGAAUUUAAAAAGACUGUGUGCUUAUUGGAGUUAUAUAUCUCUCUCUUUCAAACGA